GGACUUAAUUUAAAGAGCGAAGAAGAAUGUCGGCGCCAUAUUUGAUUAGAAAGUUGCUCUUUUGAGGAAUAAUCGGAAUCGUCGUUGUUCGUGACUGUUCUAAACCAAGAUAACGCGGUGGUCCUGUCCUGACAAGAUGCACUGAGAAGCUGUGAGCUGGAAAACAGAUGGGAGGCACCACACUCAUCUAAAUGGCUACAGUGGACUCAACUUGACCUUAUGGGACUGAUUGUGCCACAGCUGCUGACAGGAACCAUUUGCUACCUUUCAACUCGGCACUUGAGUGAUGGCGCACAAACACACCGCGCCGAGAGUUCAGGCCGAGUCUGUCCAACGCGCUGCCUCCUCUCAGCGCCCAUUGGUAGGACGGUUUCUCCGGGUUCUGACGGCGGCUGUGUAAACGGCCGCGGCCCCGGUGGCGCUCAUCCGUCGCCUGGCCGCUUCCCCGGACUCCCGGCCCCACGCACUUCGCACUUCUCCGGGAAGGAGUGCGCAUCACGCUCCAACUAGUCGUCUCCUCUCUCUCUCUCGCCCGUCCGCGCACCGGGAUGCGCGCGCUCUCGUAGCGGAACACAAGUCCACUCCGGCAGUUGGGGGAAUUGUCACUCUUCCUGGGGAGCGAAGACGAGCGUUUCCUCUCGUCCUCGUCAGCCCUGGCCCCUCUCUCCCCGCGCAUCAAAUUGGCUGUCGGAGACCUCCAGGAUGACGGCGGCCGGGCGACACGCGCGCGUUCUGCUCCUGCUCUGCUUCGCCUCCACCGUGGCGUGCAGUGCGUUCGGAUUCACCGAGGAGCCCCCCGAGAGAGCCGGGAAGGCGGACGGGUACUGUAGUCGGAUAUUACGGGCUCAGAGCAACCGAAAGGAGGGCAACAGCGAAUUUCGCCUGCGCGUUGAGGGAGACCCGGAGAACUAUCAGCCGGGGAGCACAUACAGAGUGAGUGUGAUUGCAUCCAGCCCCUCCUACUUCAGAGGGUUCACCCUCAUUGCCCUGAAGGAGGGUGCAGAAGGGGACAAAGAUGAGGACUAUGCUGGAAAUUUCCAGAUAAUUGAUGAGGAGGAAGCACAGUUUAUGACCAACUGCCCACCUGCAGUGACAGAGAGCACUCCUCGCAGGCGCACCAGCAUCCAGGUGUUUUGGACAGCACCUCCCAGUGGCUCUGGGUGUAUCAUCCUCAAGGCAAGCAUUGUGCAGAAGAGGAUAAUCUAUUUCCAGGAUGAAGGCUUACUUACUAAGCGACUGUGUGAGAAAGAAUCCUUGUAUGGAGACGUGACAGACAAACCUCUGCUUGACUGUUGUGCCUGUGGAACAGCAAAAUACAGAGUCACCUUUUAUGGGAACUGGUCAGAGAAGAUUCAUUCCAAGGAUUAUCCCCGUCGUGCUAAUCACUGGUCGGCCAUCAUUGGUGCUUCCCAUUCCAAGAACUACGUGCUGUGGGAAUAUGGUGGUUUCGCCAGUGAGGGAGUUAAACAGGUGGCUGAGCUGGGCUCUCCAGUCAAAAUGGAGGAGGAGAUCAGACAGAAGGGAGAUGAAGUUUUGACAGUCAUCAAAAUGAAAGCUCAAUGGCCGGCAUGGCAACCACUUAAUGUGCGGGCAGCCCCGUCAGCAGAAUUCUCAGUGGACCGGACCCGUCACCUCAUGUCCUUCCUCACCAUGCUGGGGCCCAGUCCGGAUUGGAAUGUGGGACUGUCUGCUGAGGAUCUGUGCACCAAGGAGUGCGGUUGGGUCCAGAAGGUGGUUCAGGACCUGAUCCCCUGGGAUGCCGGCACUGACAGUGGAGUGACAUACGAGUCUCCCAACAAGCCCACUAUUCCCCAGGACAAGAUCCGUCCCCUAACCAGUCUGGAUCACCCACAGAGCCCUUUCUAUGAUCCAGAGGGGGGCGCUAUCACUCCUGUGGCCAGGGUGGUGGUGGAACGCAUUGCCAGAAAGGGCGAACAGUGUAACAUUGUGCCAGAUAACGUGGAUGACAUUGUAGCAGAUAUCGCCCAAGAGGAAAAAGAGGAAGAUGACACCCCUGAGACCUGCAUCUACUCCAAUUGGUCCCCGUGGUCUGCCUGCAGCUCAGCCACCUGUGAAAAGGGCAAGCGAAUGAGGCAGAGGAUGCUGAAGGCCCAGUUGGACCUUAGUGUUCCCUGUCCACACACCCAGGACUUUGAGCCAUGCAUGGGGCCUGGAUGCAGCGAUGAAGAUGCUUCCACAUGUAUGAUGUCAGAGUGGAUCACCUGGUCCCCAUGCAGCAUGUCCUGUGGGACGGGUUCACGAUCCCGGGAGCGUUACGUUAAGCAAUUCCCCGACGAUGGCUCAGUCUGCACACUGCCCACGGAGGAGACUGAAAACUGUGUGGUCAACGAAGAAUGCUCUCCCAGUAGCUGCCUGGUCACGGAGUGGGGGGAGUGGGACGUCUGCAGUGCCACCUGUGGCCUUGGCAUGAAGAGGAGAGAGCGCAUUGUGAAGAUGCCCCCUGCCGAUGGCUCCAUUUGUGGGGCAGAGGUGCUGGAAGUGGAGAAAUGCAUGAUGCCUGAAUGUCACACCAUUCCCUGCCUGCUGACUCCAUGGUCUGACUGGAGCGACUGCAGUGUGACUUGUGGGAAAGGUCUGCGGACACGGCAGCGAGCGCUCAAGUCCCCAGUGGAGCUGGGGGAGUGUACAGAAGAGUUAGAACAGGUGGAGAAGUGCAUGCUACCAGAGUGUCCUAUAGACUGCGUGAUGUCCGAGUGGACUCAGUGGUCAGAGUGUAAUAAGUCCUGUGGUAAGGGACACACAAUCCGGACGCGUAUGGUGAUGCUGGAGCCCCAGUUCGGAGGAGACCCCUGCCCUGAAACCAUUCAGAGGAAGAAGUGUAGGAUCAGAAAGUGCAAACGCGGACAAGGCAUCAAAAAUGGGAAACCCACCAAGAAACCAGAUGAUAAUGGCAGGGAUCCUGAACACGCAGGCUGUAAAAUGAGGCCAUGGUCGAGCUGGACAGAAUGUACCAAGCUGUGCGGCGGUGGUAUUCAGGAACGACUCAUGAUGGUGAAGCAGAGGUUUAAGACGGUGGUGCUGUCCAGCUGCAAGGACAGGAAGGAGAUCAGGGCGUGCAACGUGCACCCCUGCUAGGGAGGAGUAGGGGGACGGGGGGGGUGACGGUGGGGCUGAGAUCUGGACACGGCGUGGCAUCGUUCCAGUGCACUGUUCAGGGCUGACAUGGCACGUACUUGAGUCUGCAGUGCUUAAAUCCAGAGUUCAGGGCAGUUUGUGGUCAGGAGAAGCUGAAACCUCUGGAUUUAAACUGUGAUUCCUCUAUGCUGUCUACCAGCUCUGGAACGCCUACAAGUGUUUUGCAAGAUUACUGUAAACUUGUUGUGGUAUAAUAUCUUCAAAUAUAAUUAUGAACUAUAAAUUGAUUUAAUAAGAAGCGUUAUAUCUUGUGGUAUCCUUAAGUAGUACAGUAUAUUCUAGACUUAAAGCACAGGUGCCCAGCCAUUCCAGUGUUUUAUAUGCCUUCAAUUGUUUCUAGGACAGUUGACUUUUUAUCCAGCUAUAUUGUUGACAUGUAGAUGCACCACAAUUGAGAUCCAUAUAAUUUGAAGCAUUAUUAGAAAUUUGUUUUUUUGCUGUAGAAUAUUUUGAUAAGAAUGUUUCCCACUAUUCUUACCAAAGUCUUGUGUAGAUGUUUUCUGAAUGUCUUCCCUUUUCAUUUAUUUGUCUCUGUUCCACUAACAUAUUAAUAUUUUGGAAUAUUAUCACCUUUACAAUAAAAGUAAAUGUGACAACUUGG